AUGUCUGCCCAGGACCGUGUCCAACACUACGUGUCAUCGCUCGACCGCGAGCUGUCUAAAUACCCCACCUUGACCAACCUCGAGAAGCAGACUUCGGUCCCCAAGGUCUACGCUGUCAUCGGCUUGGCCACUCUGUACUUCUUCUUCAUCGUCUUCAACCUCGGUGGCCAGCUCUUGACCAACUUCGCCGGCUUCAUCAUCCCCGGAUACUACUCCAUGGCUGCCUUGUUCAGCACCACCAAGGCUGACGACACCCAAUGGCUGACCUACUGGGUCGUCUUCGCCUUCUUCACUGUCGCUGAGAGCGCGUUGAACAUUGUCUACUGGUUCCCCUUCUACUUCACCUUCAAGUUUGUGUUCUUGCUUUGGCUGGCUCUGCCCACGUUCGGCGGUGCUCAACUCGUCUUCCGAUCCUUCCUGCAGCCAAUGCUCGGAAAGUACUUCUCUGAGUCCGGCUCCACCGCUGCCAACCUUCGCGCGAAGGCCGACUCGCUGGGCAAGGACCAGUAG